UUGAAAAUUUUAUCAGUAAGCAAUCUACAACUGUUCUAAUAACGAGUUUUAUCUUCAAGUUUUUCAAACAAAUCUAAAGUUAACCCAAAAUGUCUCAUUACGAAGAGGUAUUGCAGUGCCCAUAUAAUCCUACACACAGUAUUUUGGCUCAUGCCAUGCAACGUCAUCUGAUAAGGUGUAGAAAGAACUAUCCGUCUGCAAAAUUAGUCAAGUGUCCAUUCAACUCUAUCCAUUGUGUGCCGGGUCCAGAACUGAAAAUGCAUGUCGAGAAAUGCGAAGAUCGUGCCACGUUGGACCUCUACAAGUAUUGUAUUUCGAGCAAUCCAUCUAGCAAAAACAGUAGCUAUAAAGAUAGCGAACCGGAGUUGAUUUAUCAUGAUUCGGUCAAUACGCAAGGCCCAUCGGAGAGAUAUGUAGAUGACGGCGAAAGCUGGGAAAAUUCCAACACCCCCGCAUACAGUUCCCAGUCCUACUGCGAAGCAGCAAGAGAUGAUUGGAAAACAACAUCGAAGAAAUCAUCCGACAGACAGAAGUUUCAUCGCGAAGAAAAUCCCCGCAAUAAAAAUUUCAACACUACUGUGGAAAGUAAAACCAGCAAACCACAGACGAAUCGUAGACCUAAUAACACCGCCUACGACAAACCAUCCUUCAAGGGAUAUCGUGGCCGUGUUCCGGAGUCGAAAUAUUACAACGAGGAGCCCGUACAGGCUCCGGGAAAAACAUUGCUGGACGACGAUGAAUGCUGGGAUGAUUCCGACGUUCCCGCUUACAAUCCACAGGAGUACUGUAAGAAUGCCAGAAUCAUAAGGAAGGCUUCUCACAUGCAGCCCAUGCAGAAGAAAGAGUUUUAUCGACAAGAAAAACAGCGGCUGAAAGGGCUGGAUGGUCAUUCCAAGAAAAUCGGAAAGGAUCUCGAGGAAAUUAGUAACAAUUUCAGGAAUAAUAUGUACAUCGGAUCUAAAUAAAAUUGUGAACUAUUUAAUAUAUUAUAAUGAAAGUACAUUAAACUAAAAAAGAAAUAAAUUGAUUUUUACUGCAACAGAAAUUGUGUCAUUUCCCAUAUAGGGUAUCUGUUCCCAUAUUAAUAACAGCCCGUAUAUUAAUCUCAACCGUCGAUAAACCAAAUAAAAAAUCAAUUUGAUUACAAUUUCUCACAUCGUAUGUACACAAUAAUGAAUAGACCACCUUCUCCAAUGUUUGGAAUAUUAUUUAAAAUUCCGUUUGAGUAAUGUUUUAGUUCACAAGACUCAAAUUAUUAAAAACAA